CAGUAAAUAUAUUUUUCAAUGAAAAUAAAAAAAUUGUUUUUCCAGCUCAUCCUUGGUGAUACUAUGACAAUUUCCCAACCAACAAUAUCUAGAAUAAUUUUUCGCGUGUUUUACUUGCAAGCUUGUUUAAUGAUUACAUAAAAAUGCCACAAACUCAAGAAGAUAUAUUAGAAAAUCAGAGGCUUUUUAAAAACCUAGGAUUUGGUAAGGGAGCUAUUGGAAUAGCUGGUGUUGAUGGAGCAAUUGAUUGUACUCAUAUACGAUUAGUUCAUACAAGAUUUCAAAAUGUCGAUGAAAUAUACAGAAAUCGGAAAGGUUAUUUUUCUCUCAAUACAGUUAUUGGUCCACGAAUGGAAUUUUUAGAUAUUGUGCCAGAAUGGCCUGGCAGUGCUCAUGAUAGUAGAAUUUUUCAAAAUUCUCGAAUUUACACGAGAUAUUUAGAACAUCAACUAAAUGGAAUAUUAAUUGAUGAUGCUGGAUAUCCAUGUCUACCGUCCUUAAUGACACCAAUCAAUAACCCAGUAACGAACGAAGAAAUCACGUAUAAUAACAUUCAGAGUAGGACACGAAACAUAGUGAAAAGAACUUAUGGUGUAAGGAAACGACGAUUUCCUUGUUUAUCAAGAGGAUUAACAACCAAACUUCUUUGUUCAACCACAAUUGUUGUAGCCUAUGCUGUAUUACAUAAUAUGUCGUUAAGAUUUAAUGGUAAUUUACCAGACGAUGAUUCAGAUGAAGAACAAGAUGAAGACGUACAUGUACUUGAACCAAAUUGGCAAUCUGCUGACGGUUUUGCAUUUCGUGAAGCAUUAAUUGAGCGUAUGUUUAAUGCAUAAAAAUUAUAAAUCUAUUUUUAUUUUAUUAC